GGCGGGUUUUCGACCAUGAGCUCAAGGAGUAGGCUAGGAAGUCGAGUCAGAGGUCUAAGUUAAGGGGAACUCAACAGCUGGUAGACGAUGAUGCUCUCGCAGUAUAAAAAAGGAUGUUGUCCCUGGGAAAUACUCGAAAUCCAUCUCAACAAUCAGAAAGCAUUGUCUUCACCGUCUUUACCGUCUUUACCGUCUUUACCUUACCGUCUUUACCGUCUCUUCGUAAUCUUCUCGUCCUCGCCCAUCAACCGAAAACAUGAAGGUCUCAAUCCUUACCACUAUCGUCGCCACCGCCUCCGUCGCCCAGGCCGCCAUUAACUGGACGCUCGAGAAGGCCGCGAACCCUACAGACGACCAGUUGGAUGCAUACGCCAAAAUCGAAGAAGCCAUGAAGCUUGCGGCAGAAAGACACGCCCGGCUGGGGACCGCCCAAAAGACAAUUACCGUCACCUACACGCCCGGCGUGCCUACGGCCGAGGCCAACACCGGCGGCACCCUCCGCUUCGGGACCAGCCGCGACUUCAUGACCGAGCGGACGGCGCUCCACGAAAUCUCGCACACGCUCGGCGUCGGCCUGUCGGACGGCUACAAAUCCAGAUGCGCCUCUGGCGACUGGCCGACGGCCCUGCCCCUCCUUCGCUCAUGGGACGGAGACGAUGCGACGAUCCAUUGCGGUGGCUAUCAUUUUUGGCCAUACGGACUCAACUACGACAACGAAUGGAGCGACGAGGCCGCGGAUCGCCACGUCCUGUUAAUCAACGCCAUGCUCGCUGACGGCAUGGCAGCGUAAAGUAUUCCCGGGUUCGGCUCUUUACAAACCCACUGCACGGAUCAGUCUUUCUCUCUAUAUAUAUGUCUAGUCAUGAAACGCAGCAUUUAGGUUCUUUGAAUACAGAUGAUUUACGAGGCAAUGCGUCAAUUCUCCG